GAAGAAGCUCCGUUUCAUGCAGGCAGGCUGACGGAAGUGAACAGAGGAAACAGAGGAUGGAACUUUACUGUGCUUUAGAUGUUUAGAUUAUGGAAAUUCUUGGGAGCACGUUUGAUGAUUCGGUAUUUGAGGAAUCGCGAAACAGGGAUUUAUCGACAGAUCCUCCCGCAUAUACACCAAAAACCUGCGAGCCAGAGUGGUUUUGUCACUAUGAGAAUUUCGAAGACGAGCUAGAUGAACAGAAAACCAUGAAGUUCCGAGCCGAUCUGAAAUACAGGAAAAAAUGUUACCAGGAAGCUAUAGAGGACUAUACAGCAUGCCUUCCUCUGGUGCCUAAUAACAAUCUGUCUCUGAAAAGAGAUGUGUUGGAGGGAAAAGCACGGUGCUACAGUCAUCUGGGAAAGAGCAGACAGGCCCUAGAGAUCUGUGAGAAACUGAGGAACGAGGCGACUAACACGUGCCACCUGACCUGCGUUCUCCAGCUGGAACAGAGCAUUCAUGAGGGUUGUGGAGACGUGAUGAGCAGCAUUUCUUGUCUCAAACAACUUUGUUCUCUUCAUCCUUUCAACCCUUGGUAUUGGCUGAACCUGGCCAUGAGCUUCCAAAGCCUGUUGAAGGCAUCCACCUCGCUCGAGGAUCUUAAAGACACGUCACGGACACCACAGGCCUUCAUUGAGCAGCAGCAGGAGGAGGAGGAGGAGGGGAACGAGGCCCGGCUGAAGGCCUGCAUGUGUUUUAUUAGAACAAGGCUGCUGAUUGAAAUCCUGAAGAUUCAGCAGUUCUCAUUUGUCCUGGAAAGAAGCAAGAAAACACUUCAGGCUGUUGAUGCGUCACUGCAGAAGAUACAGCUCAAAGAGGAAACACUCCAACUCAUUUCUGAGGUAAUGGCUGAAGAUCUGAACCCAGAGACCAUGCGUGAAGAGAACCAGGAUGGUGAGGGUUUAUCAGGGCUUACCAUUAAGGACUUUGACAAAAGGUGGUGGAACAAAGUAUAUGCCUGCCUGCUGAUGAAAGAGAAUACAGUUUUAUCGAGUGAUAAGGAAAUGGAGACGGGGUGAAUGUGAAUACAAAAGAUUUUAUGAUCAAAAUGGAUGUGUACAGUGAUGCAGGUUUUAAUGAUUUGCUGUUAUGAAGAAUGUUUUUAAGGAUUUUACAAAUAAAAAUUAAAAAUUUUUGACUGAUCUGUAAA